ACCCCACCGCCCCCAUCUUGGGUCUCAGUGACUAGACAGUAAGAGUUGGGGGGAGAUGGGGCGUGUCUCCCAGAGCAGGGUGUGGCCAGUGAUCCAGAUGGUCAGUCCCUGAAGGCCACCCUGUCCUGACUGAGGAGUUAAUCUCCACUCGCCACCACGCAGGCUGGCCUGGUGGGCUGAGGGCGUGGAACACCGAGAGACGACAGUCCGUCAGCCCAAGCUCCCAAUAGGCUGGGGAGGUGCUGCAGCUCCUGGGCUGUCAGGGCUUGCCGCCCCUCCAGGCUUCACUUCCUCCCGCAGCCCCCGCCGCCUCAGAGGCUGCGGGAUCUCAGAGCCGGCAGCCAACGGCUGCCACACCCUAGCUCAGCCGUGAGGGAGGUUCCAGCUGGACAGAGCAGCUUCCACACCUCAGGAUGACCUCACCCUCCAGCCCUGCUGCUUUCAGGCUGGAGACAUACGAUGGAGGUGAAGAAGAUGGUGCUGAUAUGGACAAAGGAAAGCUGGGCCCUGGGGAUGGGCCGGCCCCCAUGGAGUCACCAUUCCAGCAUGAGGACCGGAACUUCUCCCCUAUGAUCAACGUGAAUCUCGAUUACUUCCGAAAGAGAGUUUUCAGCCAACCAGACCCAAACCGCUUUGACCGUGACCUACUCUUCAGCGUGGCUGCCCGAGGUGUCCCCGAGGAACUGGCUGGGCUACUAGAGUACCUUUGCCGGAGCAGCAAGUAUCUCACCGACUCGGCAUACACAGAGGGCUCCACGGGGAAGACGUGCCUGAUGAAGGCCAUGCUGAACCUUCGGGAUGGGACCAAUGCCUGCAUCCUGCCACUGCUGCAGAUCGACCGGGACUCAGGCAAUCCCACACCCCUGGUGAAUGCCCAGUGCACAGAUGAGUACUACCGAGGCCACAGUGCCCUGCACAUCGCCAUUGAGAAGAGGAGCCUGCAGUGUGUGAAGCUCCUGGUGGAGAACGGUGCUGACGUGCAUGCCCGGGCCUGCGGCUACUUUUUCCAGAAGAAAAGCCAAGGGACUUGUUUCUAUUUUGGUGAACUACCCCUCUCUCUGGCGGCGUGCACCAAGCAGUGGGAUAUAGUGAGUUACCUUCUGAAGAACACGAACCAGCCUGCCAGCCUGCAGGCCACCGACUCACUAGGCAACACAGUCCUGCAUGCCUUGGUGAUGAUCGCAGACAACUCGGCUGAGAAUAGUAAACUGGUGACCCAGAUGUACGACAAGCUCCUUCAAGCUGGGGCCAGCCUCUGCCCCACCGUGCAGCUUGAGGACAUCCCCAACCUGCAGGGCCUCACGCCCCUGAAGCUGGCCGCCAAGGAAGGCAAAAUCGAGAUUUUCAGACACAUCUUGCAACGGGAGUUCUCGGGACCGUACCAGCCCUUUUCCCGCAAGUUCACUGAGUGGUCCUACGGGCCUGUGCGGGUGUCACUGUAUGACCUGGCCUCUGUGGACAGCUGGGAGGAGAACUCAGUGCUGGAAGUCAUCGCCUUUCAUUGCAGAAGCCCGCACCGACACCGAAUGGUGGUUUUGGAGCCGCUGAACAAACUGCUGCAGGCGAAAUGGGACCUGCUCAUCCCCAGGUUCUUCUUCAACUUCCUGUGUUACUUGGUCUACAUGUUCAUCUUCACUGCUGUUACCUACCACCAGCCUGCCCUGGAGAAGGCCGUCUUCUCCGUGAAAGUGACAGCUGGAAACUCCCUGUUGUUGCUAGGCCACAUCCUGAUCCUGCUUGGGGGCAUCUACCUCCUCAUAGGCCAGCUGUGGUGCUUCUGGAGACGCCGUCUGUUCAUCUGGAUCUCGUUCAUGGACAGCUACUUUGAAAUCCUGUUCUUGGUCCAGGCCCUGCUCACGGUGCUCUCUCAGGUGCUGUGUUUCCUGGCCAUCGAGUGGUACCUGCCCUUGCUUGUGUCCUCACUGGCGCUGGGCUGGCUGAACCUGCUUUACUAUACACGUGGCUUCCAGCACACAGGCAUCUACAGUGUCAUGAUCCAGAAGGUCAUCCUGCGGGACCUGCUCCGCUUCCUUCUGGUCUACUUAGUCUUCCUCUUCGGCUUCGCUGUAGCCCUGGAGAGUCUGAGCCGUGAGGCCUGGGGUCCCGGGGUCCCCACACACCCCAAUGCCACAAAGGCAGUGCAGCCCCGGGCAGGCCAGGAAGGUGAGAAGGAUAGCUCGGCCCCGUACAACGGCAUCCUGGAUGCCGCCUUGGAGCUCUUCAAGUUCACCAUCGGCAUGGGUGAGCUGGAGUUCCAGAACCAGCUGCGCUUCCGCGGGGUGGUGCUGCUGCUGCUGCUGGCCUACGUGCUGCUCACCUACGUCCUGCUGCUCAACAUGCUCAUCGCCCUCAUGAGCGAGACUGUCAACAGCGUCGCCACUGACAGCUGGAGCAUCUGGAAGCUGCAGAAAGCCAUCUCAGUCCUGGAGAUGGAGAAUGGCUACUGGUGGUGCAAGAGGAAGAAGCAGCGGGCAGGUGCAAUGCUGACAGUUGGCACCAGGCCGGAUGGAAGCCCCGAUGAGCGUUGGUGUUUCAGGGUGGAGGAAGUGAACUGGGCUGCCUGGGAGAAGACGCUGCCUACGGUGUGUGAGGAGCCUUCAGGGCCAGGCGUCGCUGGCACCGUGAAGAACCCUGCCCAGCCCGGGGAGGACAGUGCCUUGGAGGAAGACCAUCUGCCCCUCCAGCCCCUGGAGUCCCACUGAUGGGCCAGACGCAGCAGGAGGCAGGCAGGACAGAACCAGGGAAUAUUUCCAGCUCUGCCUGCUGGCUCUGGCUCCAGGGAACUUUAAUGGCAAAUAUAAAUAAAUAUUUUCUCAUGACUGA